AUGUCUUUGCAAUCCUGGGCUGAUCGUGCUCGAGGAAAGCCAGCUUCCAAUUCGGUCUCAGAGCCUCCUUUGGCUUCCACCCCACCUCCAGUCGAUCACCGUGUGGCCAAAGGUACAACUACCAGUCGAAGUAGUACUACUACUAACACACCCUGCUUUACCUCAACUGCACCUUCAACACCUGCCUCUUCUGCUCAAGAGCAUCAUUCAAUCGCCCGUCUGAAUCAAGGCCUAGAAUGCGUUUUCAUCCUCGUACCAGACGACCAAACAAUCAUCUCUCAAUUGAGUCUUAACACUCACCAUGUCGAUGAUCAUGAUACUCUUGGAAGGUCUUUGGAAAAAUCCAACGGUCACCCGACCCUACCACCGCUCUUAGCCCAUUCCGAUCCGGCGUCCGCCAAAACCCCAUUGAGCGCAAGUGUCAACGUCUGGCAAGUCCGCAAAGAAGAGAUGUCUAAGCGCUAUCACUCGGCCUCUCAUGCAUCAAAAAAGACCAUCAAAUCAGAUGCUCCCUCAGUGCCGUCUUCAGCUCAGCCGGAUAAACACUCUGUUCUUGACUCUUUAUCUCCGACGCAAGUAGCAGGACAACUUCCAUCAUUGCCCUCGAUUGUGGAUACCACUGCCUGGCCUGCUCCUAGCGAAGAGAAUUUCACAUCCAACAAGAUGAACCACUCGAUUUUAUCUCCUCCCCCUGCCCCACAAGAAGUCGAUGAUAGAGAUCUCGGACCCAGAGCUGAACCCGAUAAAAAACCUGCCCACACAAAAAAGAUUCAAUGGAAACCCAUCAAAGCGGACAUCACACAUAACGCACCCCUUCCCACCAACCACUCUGCCUCUAUGAGAGUGCAACGGUCUCACAAGAAGGAUGGUACGCAAUCUGGAUCCAAUCGAUCAUCUCAAUCGAAUAAACAUCAUGCCAAUGGACAUGGUAGUGGGUCCAAGUCUAGUAGGCUGUCUGGCUCGGCUUCCAAUGUGCCUACCAACUUGGAACGGACUUCAAAGAAUUCUUUGGAAGAAUUCGACUCCAGUCAUAUUCACUCAGACUCGAACCGACACACACCUCAUCAUUCCACCGAUCACGGGAAUGCGCAUCUUAAUCUAGUCUAUCCUAGGAGUCUUAAUGGCUCACACGAUUAUUCCCAGGGCAUCAAUCAAGUUUCAACUAAUCAAUUCUGUAACCUGAAUGUGACAUCAAACGUGAUUGCAGCAUCAACGGUGUUGCCCGCGCUUCCAAAUCAUGGCUCUUCAAGUGCAGACGAGACGCCCUCACCAGCGUGCUCAAAUGGUCCAACUCGAAAACCUGGGUUUAUACCACGUAUAUCGACCACAAUUCAACCUCCAGCGAUGGAGCUCAGUGCCGGCCUCGCAGAUAAAUACAUCGGGGUUCCUGUAGACUUCGGUCUCACCGAGCCUCUGCUACCAACUUCGCUAAGAGCCAGAGGACAGUACGAUUUACAUGUCAAUGCCCCGCAGGGAAAUGUUUGGGUGAAUGAUCCUCUGAUCAUGAGUGACGGUACCAUGCCGGUAUGCAUGACCUCUGAGGACAGCGCAUGUUCAGCAGCGAUGGUCCUGGACGCUCAUUCGCUGGGCAAAACCGACUCUUGUCCUCGCUCGGAUCCGUUCGACAAUAUCUUACGUGGAUCUGGGGAUGCCAAGUUGGCCUCGCAAACUUUGUCUUCGAGUACGGAGUUGCAGCCUGCGAACUCUCUUAUCGCCUCGAAGCCUAGCAAUCCUUCUGUAGUUCCAAAUGCAUUGCCCAGCACAGCCCAAGAUACAGAAGAUCCACAGCCUUGCGUGGAUUUUAAGGCACCAAGAUUCAUGCCAGAUACCUUUGACUCUACUCAACCUGAGAAACAGUCUGGCGCGCAUCAUACGAGACGCAAGUCUUGGAAAGGCACAUCCGGUUCUGAGGACGGCCGCGACGCCGCACGAGAGCCUGGUGAUCGCAAAAAUUCAUAUAGCCGCAAUUCGCCGUCUUCCGCCCGACUGCCCAAAUCAAGAGACCCUGCAAGGUCUAACGCCUCUCGCUUUACAUCCUCAAAAUACUCAGAUACCGUGUCCAAUUCACUUCCGACGUAUUCUCAGUACUCCAAUGGUACUUCCACUCAUGCGUGGAAAGAGUCGCCGCCUCGGAAACAACUUCCUGGACAGCUUAGCAAGAGUGGAAAUGCUGCUCGACCUAACUUUAAUGGCAGCGGCGGGAAAAGUUCUGGAGGCAAUCGCGGGAAUGCUGUCAGAUCUUCUAGCAAUCACAAAUCUCGUGGCUAUGCCAACUCUGAGCGAGGACGUGGGGGUGGUCCACGACACGCUGAAGAUUCGCAGGCCUGCUACGCGGCACCGGCCAACGGACACCCUGCCCCCCCUCUGUCUUACGGCUCGUCUCAAUAUGUCUCGCAUCCCAACUCUCCUACAUCUAAUUCCACGCCCACGAUGUCGUCCUGUAACUUGGCUUCGGGCGUGAUGGCCACGAAUUACUCUCCAUCCCAGUCUAAUCUCCACUCCCCUGCACAUCCAUUUUACCCACCUGUGCCCAACACAUUUUCGGGUCCUCUUUCUCCUCAUGGUGAUCACGCAUGCCAGGAUGCCUCGAUGUAUUAUGGAAUACAUCCGUACUAUCCCUCUUCUCAUGGGUCUUCAGCCUCAAUGUCUGACGCCCAGUCUAGCUUAACAUCACCACCGCCCAAACAAGCUUAUCCAGUUUUUGGUAAUUACGACCGUCCUGCUCCAUUACUCGCUUAUCCAUAUCCGCUGGACCCAGUGCAAUACUACGUUUUAGGACAGUGUGAAUAUUACUUCAGUCUUGAAAAUCUAGUUAAAGACUGUUUCCUGAGAUCGCAUAUGGAUAAUGAGGGAUGGGUCAAGAUUGAUACCAUCAGUUCAUUCAAUCGGAUCAAGACUUUAUCGACUGAUCAGAAUUUGAUCAAAGAAGUGAUGAGCUUGAGUGCCUAUUUGGAGGUCGAUACAGAACGUCAUCUAGUCAGAAAGAAGGGCGAUUGGUCCGACUGGUUACUUCCAAUACCACCACUCCAACCUUAUCCUUCAGUUACCGAGGCACAUCCGACCGCUUUUCAACCUUCGCCGGCUUCUGAUGUACCUGUCACUCCCUCACAAGACCUUGUUACCUCAUCAACAGACAUAAUGUCACCUGCUACAACAGAUGAUAGUAGUAUGCAACCCACUCUUUCAGCUGAAAAUAGCGAUCGAUCUAACUCUGUAGAUCAUUUGACACGUGGAUCUUCCCCUUCUGAAGGCAUAGCCGAUUCCUCACUUUCAAAUCUUGAAAGUAAAGAUGGGCACCGCAAAAUGAUGAUGUCUGCACUAGAACCUUUGAAAGAAGAGCUGGACGACCCCAAUGAAGAGGUUCAAGAAUUGACUAUGUCAUUCGAUCCAGUGAUAAUAGGACCAUCUCGAUUGGCUUCGAUCCUUCGGUUGAUCGUUCCAGACAAUCGCACCGACCCACGGCUAGCAAAAGGUCAACAACCAGGUGACCUUGCUCCAUGUGAUCAUCAUUCUUGGCCUUUACUACUUUGUCACGAUAGCGUCAUUACCACCUUACCACACUUCAUUUAA